UGUUUAUUGUGUACAGCGGAUAUACCCAUUGGCAGUGAAGAAAUUCACGUGGAGUUGAUAAAGCUGCAGAGGUUUACCCCAAAAUUACAAGGUUUUAAUCCACAAAAUGCCAAAAUCUAAACGAAAUAGGGCAGGUAAGUAUCCUUAGAUGUACUUCAUAUUUAAUCGUGUGAAUAACGAGAGAAAUCAAGGCCAAAUGGUGUAGUUCCUGCUGAGAAAACAUGUACCUCCAAUAAUGAUUUUAGAUAUAUGAAAUUUAUACAUGUGCACUGCGAUGAAGAAACGAAUAUAAGAGAUCCUCGCAGCUAAGAACACUACUGAACUAGUAUUUGAAAUAAGACCUGAAAAAAAAUUCAGGCUGUACGGGAUUUGAACCCAUUACCUCUGCGAUACCGGUGCAGCGCUCUACCAACUUACCUAACAAGCCAACUGGGAGCUGGUCGAUAUGUUGGGUCCAAAUAAACCAUCCAAGUGAUGUACCUCCAAAUUGGGAAAGAGGCUUGUGAUGAUAAAGUAUUUCAAGUGAACAUCUAAGAGAUUUUAUUCUUUCAAUUAAUCCUUCGAUCAUUCAUUUAAUCAAACCAGACGUUCCUUCUUGGGUAGUUUUAUUUUUUUAAGAUACGAUUUUUAUCUCGUUCUUCAAAUGAUAUAUUUAUCUCUUUUAUAGUUUCAUUGACCAAAGCGAAGAAAAAGGGCUUGGAGUUAAAAACAGGACUGGUGAAGGAGGUAAACUGGCUUAUUGUAAACUCAUUAACAUAACUAUUGAUAAGUGUUUAAAGCUGAUUUUCUGAUGAAAAAAAGUAUAUGCUACAAUUUGAUUUGUUUGUGAAAUAGAUACAAGAGUGCGUGGACAAUUAUGCCUUCAUGUACGUAUUCUCUGUGGAAAAUAUGAGGAAUAGUAAACUUAAGGAAGUGAGAAACGAAUGGAAACAUAGCAGGUAGGUUGAAUGAUAGCAGAAAUUAUAAUUUACUUGUUUUAUUUCUUCAUACUUAUUGAACACCUUGAAAAAAAAUUAUGUAGAUCUUCAUUUAAAACAGUGUAGCAUUAACCAUUUGAUGCUUAAGGGUGACUAGCAUCUAAAUUCUCCUCACAAUAUCAUCUCUGAAUCACACAUUAUGGUCACAGGAAUAAAGGAAAUGAUCAGCAACUCAAAAAGCUCUUGAUUGUUGAUCAAAUUCUCCUUGUCAGCACCUUAGGAAAUGUAUAGAGAACAGUAUGGAGAAUAUGCAUACUGAUGUUAGGGUGUGAAGAGUUAAUAGUCCUCAUUCAGUUUUUGUUUUCUUCUCUUGCAGGUUUUUCUUUGGAAAGAAUAAAGUCAUGACCAUUGCCCUCGGCAGAGAAAAGGAAACAGAAUAUAAGGAAAACUUACAUAAGAUAGCUAAUGUGAGUAAUAACUGAAUGCUUUAACUCCCAGGAUCUGAUUGUUAAUUCUCCCCUCUAGCUGCUACACAUUUCCUUGUAAAUUAGUUGCAAGAAUUUGGUGUUAGAUCAAGAAAACAAUUUCUACCUGAUACAUUUGAGUAUUCUCAUUACCUGUUUGCUGGAUAGUGGAUGGAUAUUGUAGGGAGAAGAUACAUGUGAAUCACUUCUUGGAGUUAAAGGGUUAACUGACUGUCCUGACAGCCAUACCAAAGAAAUUUCUAAUUGAAAGUUAAUCAAAACUAAAACUGGGAGCUGACAGUGUUCCUAAUGGUAAUAGGGCUUAGAUAAUGAUAUUAAUGAGUUUAUAUACGACAUUCUCAAUAUGAAUAUGUUCCAGUGUACUUUACAGUACUCUUCGGGGGACUUAAGCCAGGCUACAUUGAGUAGUUUACAACUUUGAAAGGGAAUAUUUUCAGGUGCCCCAGUUUAGGAAUUUUUGGAAACAAGGUCAGACCAUCACACUGGAAGCUAUGUUCCUUACCCCCCUGAUUAGAGGGUAGAGUUCCUACCCCCAUCCCCCAAGUGUCCAAUUACACAGCCAUGACACAUACAGUGCCCAUUACACUGUCCAGAUACAACCAUGAUGCACACUCUGUCCUGUUAAAGCACAAAUUAAUCUGUUGAUGACCAAUCACAUUCUAGAAUUUUGUGACAAUUUUGAUUAAAUAGGUAAACUAGCAAACUGCCUGAAUAUAGAAGAAAACUGAAUUUAUUUUCUUCUGUUUUCCAGAAAUUAAAAGGACAAUGCGGAUUGAUGUUUACAAAUCAAGCUAAAGAAGAUGUAGUGAGGUAAAAUUUGACUGUGACAGUCUGCCAUUAGGUCACUCAAUCAUUCCAUCAUUUUAUCUUCCUGUACUUCAGUCAACUUUUCAGCUAGUCAGUCAGUCAGUCAGUCAUUCAUUCACUCAGUCAGUCAGUCAGUCAGUCAAUCAGUCAGUCAGUCAUUCAUUCAGUCUGUCAGUCUGUCAGCCAGUUGGUCAGUGAGUCAUUCAGUCAGUCAGUCAGUUAAUCAGUCAGGCAGCCAUCUAGUCAUCAUUGAGUCACUACCUCCACCAGUCUUGUAUAAGUUCCAUUCAUGUUUGCUUUCUAGAUGGUUUAACGACUACAGUGAACUGGAUUAUGCCAGGUCAGGCAAUGAAGCAACAGAUGAUGUCACAAUAGAUGCAGGUAUAAAACUCAUUCUGUAGCAAAAAGAAAUUUGCACAUUCAAUUUCUUUACAUGGCAAUCUAAAUAAUGAAAAAUAUAUUAAUUUUGUUUACAAGGUCCACUGGAUCAGUUUCAGCACUCGAUGGAACCACAACUCAGACAGCUUGGACUUAAUACAACUCUUAAAAAAGGUACAUUACAUAUUUGUGUGUACAGGAAUAAAAGGCCUUUUUUAUUGUCAUUUUUUUUUCUAUUCUAUUUCUUUUUUUUUUUUGUGGGAACUUAUUGCUUUUAGGAAUGAGUAAUUUGUAAUUUAAACAGUGGGCAAGGUGAAAGACGCGAUCUUCCUGUUGAACUGGGGUGUGCGAUGUUUUUGUCUUUUUACACGGGGCUGCAUCUUGGGACACCCCCAUAUACUGGGUGUGCUUUUGAGGAAGAGUUGAUAACUUAGAAAAACCCAGUGUGCCUUAAAGUGAUUCAUCCCUGAAUGGAAUACUGAUACUUAAAAGGCUCCCUCUCAUAAGAAAUUUAUCAGGCUUUCAUGCAGCACCCAUUUAUACUCCUGAGUCGGUAGGCACAGGUAGAGUAAAGAAUCUUACAUUAGAGCACAUGUUAUAGUUGCACCAGAUCUUAAAACCUGCACCUCUUGAACCAGAGUUUGGUGCACUAGCCAGUAGGUUAUUGCACCUUCUGCCAGCAUAGCACCAACAUAAUACAAAAUAAUUUUGUUCGUAGGUAUCAUAACACUUCAAACCGAUUUCCAAAUCUGCAAAGAAGGUGACACUCUAACCCCAGAACAGGCCAGACUCUUGGUGAGAAACUCUGUUACUUAUUCUUCAUUGAUUAGUAUAUAAACCUGUUUUUUUUUUUUAACAAGUCAAUUAGAGGAACCACAUUCAUGUACAGCGUAUCUCUAAACUCUUAACUUUUUCACUCCUAAGAGUGACUAGCAUCUACUUACUCUUUUCAACAUCACCUGUCAAUCACACACAAGGGCAGGAGAAUAAAGGAAAUGAUCACCAACUGUUAAAAGAGGCUCUUGAUUAUUGAACAAAUUCUCCUUGUCAGUACCUAAAGAAAUGUAUAGAGAGCAUUAUGGAGAAUAUACAUACUGAUGUUAGCUUGUAAAGGGGUUAAAAUUCCCUUAGCCUCCAACUGACACAAUAUUGACUCACUCCACUCAGUUCUAACAAGCAGCAAAUUUAUUUUCUUAAUAUAAUACUAUUAAGAAUAUUUCUAAAUCAUCUCUGUUUAAUUUCCUCUUUUUAUUCAAAGACUAUCUUAACAAACUCAAUGAAACUUGAUCCUGUAAAAAACUAUCACUAUAUUUUGUGCAGUGCCAUAUAUACAAUGUAACUGUCAAAGUAACAUACUCUGUGUUAUUCAAUGUGAUGACAUAAGAUCUUCCAUUGCCACAAAAUACUAGUAACCAUCAACUUAAAAUUAUUUUGGCUGAAAUUUUGAACAUUCGCUCUGACAGAGGAGCUAACACUGAAACGUCAACUUUAGAACCUCUUUAUGGUGGCCAAUUUGCAUCAUCAACUCAGUUGAAAAAACCAGAUUAUCUUGUUCCACUCCCCCACCAACACAGGAGCACAGUUUCUAUAAAAGCCUACCCCUUUUAUAGGAUUAUUUUAUAUUUUUCUUGACCUUCUAUAACAAGUCACAAGAAUUAAGUUCCAGAUCUGUGAAAAAUCUUCUUGGUUGUUGAGGUGAAAUUUCUCAAUUUGGCCAACACAGUCAAGUAUUAAUUGUUUGUACAACAUUUUCUUGCUUUUAUGAAAUACAUCUUACUUUGUAAAUAUAAAUGAAAAAGUAUCAACAUCUAAACUGUGUAAAGUUGACUAAAAAUAUUUACAGUAUAUGUACUAAAUGAGUGUGAAUUUAUGAAAAACACAUAUGUGAACUGCAGAUAAAGAUGUGAAUAUGAAAGCGAUCUUCGCAGCAAUGAACACUACUUGAGCAGUAGUGAAAAUAAGGCCUGAAAAAAAUUCAGACCUGUACAGGAUUUGAACCCAUGACCUCUGUGAUACUAGUGCAGUGCUCUAUCGACUGAACUAACAAGCCAACUGGGAGCUGGUCAUUAUGUUGGUUCUAUAUAAACCCGUGAAGUGAUGAAUAUUAAAUAUAUGUAUUCUAUUUUUUGGACAGAAACUCUUUGGAAACCCACAAGCUGAAUUUCACAUCACUCUCCUUUGUAUGUGGUCCCAGAGUGGAAUAUUUGAAGAGCUCACUUAG